AUGAGUGAAUCAUCAUUAAAUUUUUCUGUGGAAAAUGGUAAUGGGCAGAAAUUUUAUUUUGCUGAUCUUGCAAAAAAGAAUAUCACAAGUGAGGAUUUAUAUUUAUGGUCAAUACCAAUUGAUAUUAUUGAAGAAUAUCAAAGAUAUUUAGAAUCCAAUAAUGCAUUUUUAUCAAAACAAUUCAUUUAUAAUUGUACUUUACCAAGAUUUGGACUAAUGUGUCAAUAUGAAUUAUAUUACUAUGAUCAAAAUUUUUCGUUAUUGAAUGAAAUGAUUUAUAAUUACUAUUUAAGAAUGGCCCGUAAUAUAAAUGGUUUGACUUGUUAUAAUCAUUUAAAAUGUAAUCGCGGUUAUUCACCAGCGUGUUUAGAUUGGACAGAAAUUUGUGAUGGUAAAGUUGAUUGUCUUAAUGGAGAUUAUGAUGAAGAAAAUUGCUGGGAACUUGAAUUAAAUGAAUGUAAAUCAAAUGAAUAUCGCUGUACAAUUGGACAAUGCAUACCGAAUGAAUUUUUUGAAGAUAAUGAAGGAUAUUCCGAUUGUGUUGACGGAUCGGACGAAAAAAAGAAUCAUCGCCAAGAGCAACGUGAUACUUCCGCACAAGUACCAGUAUUUAGAUAUUACGAUGCGAAAUGUGAAACGACAUUUCUAACAAGUACUUGUGACCAUGCUCAACAUAGAACUCAACUCAUCGAAUCGAUGUUUUCAAUGAAAUACGAAUCUGCAUCGGAUAAGUGUUGGUUUGCUUUUAAAUGUAUGUUUGAUAUGUCAAGUCUAGAAUAUCCGUAUAUAUCUUCUAAUACUAUCGAAAAAGAAUGUAUACCUGCAAUAAGAAAAGAAUGUCCAGAUGCAUUAUAUGUUCCCAACAUUCCAUCAUACCUAGGUCAUGUUUAUACAGCUUACAAGAAGAAUGAUGAACCACUCGGCCAUAGGUUUAUCGUACCUUAUUUAUGUUCAAACAAAUCUUUUCAUGAUGGAUCACUUAAAUUAGUUUCAGACAUAUCACUGAACAAUACAAUAUGUUUUGUUUCUCCUAAUCUUUCGCGUUUCGACAUUUCUGGUAGUUCUAUUAUGACAACUCGAUAUAUAAAUACCAUGAACAAUAUUUUUCAACAGAUCAAAAAUUUUAAUCCAAUCAUUAAUUUUCCUUUGAAUCAAUGCAGUCGAUUCAAUUUUUAUCAAUGUAUUAAUUCAUCAAAAUGCAUUUCAUUCCAACGUUUAAUCGAUGGUAUACUUGAUUGUCCUUAUAAUGAUGAUGAAACGAUAUCUCCAGAUAACAAUCCUCAAUUAUUUAUUCGAAUAAAAGACAAAUAUUAUUAUUGUUUUUUUACCAACAAAUACAUCUCUAAAGUAUUAAUUUUCGAUAAAAAGUGUGAUUGUGGUUUUAUUGAUUCAUUUUGUGAAGAUGAACAUGAAGUCCAAAACUUUACUCGAAGAAUAAUAUCUUUUCAGACAACAUGUGAUGGAUUCACUGAAUUAUCUUCAAUAAUAAUUAACGAACAAAAUCAGACAGAUGAAACGAAUUGUGAACAAUGGGAUUGUAAUAAUAUUUAUACUCGAUGUGAUGAAAUAUGGAAUUGUUUAGACGGAGAAGAUGAAAUGGGUUGUGACAUAUCAUCAACUAUUUAUAACUGUUCUUCAAAUAGUCGAAUAUGCGUGACAUUAGAUACAUAUGAAUUCAGAUGUUUACCACUGAAUCAAAUUAAUGAUGGUCAAGUCGAUUGUCUUGGUGGGACUGAUGAAACAAGAAUAUGUUCAUCGACGACGACGACUGAACUUAUAGGAAGGUUUUAUUGUAUGGGUAGCAGUCCACCACAUUGUAUUUUUGAUAUUGAUUUAUGCAAUAAUAUCGAAGAUUGCCCAUCUGGAGAUGACGAAAUAUUUUGUCAAAAAAAUCGAUCGAUCCCGAGUACUAUUUGUGACCAGAUGUCCACAGAACUACCUACUGAUAUUGAAAGAUUCUUCUGUAAGCUUUUGGAAAAGCUUGAGCCUAAUAAGGAAAAACAUAAAUAUUUUAGAAUAAAUGGUUUCAAUGAAUCGUUGGAAAUUAAAGAAGGUAGAUUAAAUAAUAUGUUUCCUAAAGUUACACUUUCCGAUAUACUACCAUUGCUUGAUAAACGUCGUUGUUAUCAAGGUCUUGAUUUACGUGUUUGGUUAAAUUAUCGUUCAAAUAAUUAUACAAGUACAUGUCUUUGUCCACCAACUUAUUAUGGAAAGCAAUGUCAAUAUCAAAAUCAACGAAUAAGUUUAUCAUUAAAAUUUCAUGCUUCGAAAGAUUUAUCGCAAGUAUCAUUUGCAAUAUUAAUUUUACUUAUUGAUAAUACAAAUCAACGAUUAAUUCAUUCUUUUGAACAAUUUACUUAUUUAUCAUCAAGAGAUUGUACAAAUAAAUUUAAUAUGCAUUUACUUUAUGCAAAUCGACCAAAACAUUUGAAUAAAACAUAUUCAAUACAUAUUGAUAUUUAUGAAAAAAAUUCUCUCGAAUAUCGAGGAAGUUUUAUUUAUCCUGUUCAAUUCUUAUUUUUACCAGUUCAUCGUUUAGCUUUUAUUCUCAAUAUUCCAUCUUCAUCUGAUCAUCAACAGCAACAAACCUGUUCAAAUGAUCAAUGUCAACAUGGAAAAUGUAAGAAAUAUAUCAAUGAAAAAGAAACAUUUUGUCAAUGUGAUAAAGGAUGGUCUGGACAAUAUUGUCAUAUUCCACAUAAUUGUGAUUGUUCAUUAAAUUCCUUAUGUAUUGGAAUAUCAAGUCAUAAUCGAUCAAUAUGUUUAUGUCCAAAAAAUCAAUUUGGUACUCGAUGUUAUCUUCAUAAUCGAAUAUGUGCAAAUUCUCCAUGUAAAUAUAAUGGAACAUGUAUACCACAUGAUGAUUUUAUGUUAUCAAAAAAUCAAGGAUAUAUUUGUUUGUGUCAAAAUGGUUUUAGUGGAAAUCGAUGUGAAAUAAUUGAUACACAACUGAAUUUAAUAUUUGAUAAGAAUAUUCUUUUAUCCCAUUCCGUAUUUAUUCAUUUUAUAACAAUCAUUUCAUACAAGUAUACUUCAAAUAUUCUUCCAAAAAAUACACCACUAAGAUUAACUGCUUUACAGACCAUAUCUCAAGCAACAAAUUCUCUCAGAAUAUAUUGGUCACAACCAUUUCAUUUAACUUUUAUUGAAACAUUAGACAAGAUUUAUUAUUUAACUUUUAUUCAACCAAAUUAUAAUUCAUCAACAAAAAUAAUUCAAAAAGUCGAUUCAUCACAUCGUUGUCCAUCAAUCAAUAAAUUAGUUAAUCAAGCAUUUGCUGAACUACAUCUCCUUCAACGUAUCAAAUCUUAUCAUUUUAUAUGUCAAAAAUACUCUCCUAAUUUGUUAUGUUUUCAUGAUGAUAUUCAUUUAUGUUUAUGCUAUGAUCAUAUGAAAAAACGUUUAGCCAAUUGUUUUAAUUUUGAUCAUAAUAUGAAAUUUGAUUGUUUUGGGCAAAGUGAAUGUGAAAAUAGUGGUCAAUGUUUUCAAGAUUCACCAGAUUGUCCAAAACGAUCAAUAUGCGUUUGUCGAUCAUGUUAUUAUGGAAAUCGAUGCCAAUUUAGUACAAGUGAAUUUGGUUUAUCACUUGAUGCUAUCUUAGCUUAUCAUAUUAUUCCUGAUCUUAAUAUUUCUUUUCAAACGUCGAUUGUUAAAUUAAGUCUAUCAUUAACAAUUGUUUUCAUAAUUAUUGGAUUAAUCAAUGGUUUUCUUUCAUUAAUUACUUUCAAAAAUAAAAGUGUACGUGAAGUUGGUUGUGGAAUUUAUUUAUUUAGUUCAUCAUUAACAACAAUAUUAACAAUGAUUAUAUUUGGAUUAAAAUAUUUUGUUUAUCUUUCAACACAAAUAUCUGUACCAUCAAAUGAUUUAUUUUUACGAAUUCAAUGUUAUUCACUUGAUUUUCUUCUUCGAAUAUGUCUUAUUAUGGAUCAAUAUUUAAAUGCUUGUGUUGCAUUAGAAAGAGCAAUAACAAUUGUUCGAAGUGUUCAUUUUGAUAAAAGCAAAAGUAAAAGAUUAGCUAAGAAAAUUGUAAUUAUUCUUUUCAUUGUCAUUAUUUCAACAUCAAUUCAUGAUCCAAUUUAUCGUCGUUUAUUUGGAGAAGUAGAAAAUGAUGACAAGAAAAGGAUUUGGUGUACUGUAAAAUAUUCUACAAAUCUACAAAUUUACAAUCGAAUUAUUAAUACAUUUCAUUUUUUUGUUCCAUUUUUAAUUAACUUUAUUUCAUCAAUUAUAUUAAUAACAAAAAAAUCUCAACUACAAUUUCAUCGUCAAAAAGAUCGAUCUUACAAAAAUAUAGUAUAUCGAGAAAUUCAACAUCAUCAACAUUUAUUAAUUGCACCAGUAGUUUUAUGUCUUCUUGCACUACCACGUUUAAUUAUUUCUUACUUAUCAAAAUGUAUGAUUUCAUCAAAAGACUCAUUGUUAUUUCUUUGUGGAUACUUUAUUUCAUUUAUACCGGCGAUGGUUAGUUUUCUUAUUUUUGUUUUACCAUCUGAGUUUUAUAGGAAAGAAUGUCGGAAAUCAGUUUCACAAUAUAAAAAUCUUAUUAGAAAACGUUUUCGUCAAAGAAUAUGAAAGUUAAUGAACAGAAAAAUGAUUCGGACAAUUAUCACAAAUGAUUAAAGUUUUUUUUUGGCUGAUUUCAAUGGAAAUUUUUUAGAUACACUGUAGAAUGCUUGUUGCUUUUGUGUGCCUCGAAUAUUUUACUUAACUUUAUUUUAAUGCUUCUGUUAAGUGUGCACUGUUUCUAAUACAUUUAUGAUUAUAAACUCGAUGAUGCGUUGUGUUAUAGGCGACAUCUCUCUCUCUCUCUCUCUCUCUCUCUGCCUAGAUCAAUUGUUAUACCUUCUAUCUCCCUAGAUCUUUUGUAUUAGUGAUAUCUUCUUUUGUUCCUGUGAUAUCUAUUCACUUUUCUUUGU